AUGCAUGAACGAAUCGACCUUCACUGCCACGCUGUGGCUCCGAGCUAUCGCCAGUAUGCUAUCGACAACGGUCAUGAGAAGCCAGACGGCAUGCCCGCUCUACCCCAAUGGACCCCUGAGCAGCAUAUUGCUCUCAUGAAAAAACUUAAUAUCAGCAAAUCAGUAUUGAGCAUCACUUCUCCAGGGACGCACUUGACGCCGCAAAAUGAUGAAAAUGCCACACUUUUGACCCGUCAAGUCAAUAAGGAGCUUUUUACCAUCUGCAAAGAACAUCCAUCGUACUUUAGCUUCUUUGCUUCACUACCUUUACCAUCCGUCAAUAAUUCCAUCGCUGAAAUCGACUAUGCUUUAGACCAACUUGGAGCAUUAGGCUUUGCGGUUCUGUCAAACGCCAACGGUGUAUAUCUCGGUGACGCCGAACUUGAUCCUGUAUUUGCGCAUUUGAAUGCUCGCAAGGCUAUACUGUUCAUUCACCCUACGACAUGCAACAUUCUUGCCUCUGCUGGACAAGUUCAACCCGUCAAACCCCUCGAGAAAUAUCCCCGACCCAUGAUGGAAUUCAUGUUUGACGAAACUCGUGCUAUCGCAAAUCUUUUGCUCUCGGGAACUGUUGCUAAAUAUCCAGGCAUAAAAUUCAUGAUGUCUCACUGCGGCUGUGCGCUACCGUCGAUGCUUGAUCGCAUUGGCGCUUUUGCAACACUGAUUUCAGGUGCGGAGAGCCAGACUGCCGAGUUCCAGAAGUUGCUUCGAGAGAGGUUCUACUUUGAUUUGGCUGGGUUCCCUUUCCCUAAUGCAAUCCAUGGAUUGCUUAGAAUCUUGGGUGAAGGGGCAGAGAAGAGAUUAGUUUACGGAACUGACUACCCGUUUACUCCUGAGAGGCUUGUUGUUAGUUUGGCAGAUGUUAUGGAAAAGGGACUCGAGGAGUUGUUUGACGAGGGACAGCGAGAUGGUUUUUACAGUCCCUCUGUCACAGUUGUCCUGUCUAGGAUAACUGGUAUUAUUAUUCCUUAA